UUUUUAAUUUGGUCUCCUGCCAAUCCACUGCUCCACACUCCACUCCAACAGGUGGCGGUAAUGCGCCUGAAAGCUGGUUUGCCAGCCGCCAUUAAAACUCAAAUAAGAAAGAAGACAGAGUGGCUGUGUUUCGGGGUAAUUUUUAGUCAUUUAAGUUGUUAUUAGCUGUGUUACAGUGAACACAGGCAGACAUGUACCGCUGCAUGGCAAGGAGUGUGUGUAGCAGAGGAAGAGUGUGUGCUGCCUUUGUGCCUCCACACACCCAGCCACCAUUAUGGACAUUGAGAAACACGACAGAGGAGGGACAUCAUAGGCUGGCUGAGCGGCGUUGGCAGUGUUCAGUCCGCUGUAUGAGCUCUGCAGUCAGGAGGAGAGCUCUGCGUAGUGCCUUCCCAGUGUUGGAGCAGCCCCUCCAGCCCAUCCACCGACAUGUGUAUGAAGCCAACCUCCGAAACAGCAACGCCUGCCAUAAGAAGUUCAUAGAGUUGAGUGAAAAGGCGAGAAAAGGUGGAGGGGAAAAGAGCAUUGCCAGACACACUCAGAGAAACAAGAAGUUGUUGGUCAGGGAUCGGCUGCGCCUCCUACUGGAUGAUGAGGACUUCCUGGAGCUGUCACCAUUAGCUGGUCUGGGUCUGCCGUACGGGGACAUCCCUUCAGCCGGCUGCCUGACUGGCAUUGGCAGGAUCAAAGGCCUGUGGUGUGUGUUUAUUGCCAAUGAUGCCACAGUGAAAGGUGGCACGGCGUAUCCAAUCAUGGUGAAGAAGCAGCUACGGGCACAGGAAGUAGCGCAACAAAAUCGCCUGCCUUGUGUUUAUCUGGUUGACUCUGGGGGAGCUUUUCUACCACUGCAGUCAGACAUCUUUCCUGAUAGAAAUCACGGAGGAAGGACGUUCUAUAAUGAAGCUAUCAUGUCUGCCAUGAAGAUCCCACAGGUGUCAGUGGUGUGCGGGUCGUGCACGGCGGGUGGAGCUUACGUCCCCACAAUGGCAGAAGAGACAGUGAUGGUGCACCGGAUAGGGACUAUAUUCCUGGGCGGACCACCACUUGUCAAGGCCGCCACUGGAGAGGAGGUCACACCAGAAGACCUGGGAGGAGCCACGCUUCAUGCUGAGGUGAGUGGCUGUGUGGACCAUUUUGCCUGGGAUGAAAAACAGGCGUACCAUGACACCAGAAACAUCAUAUCCACCCUCAACUUCCAACUGCCUGAGGAAGAGGAUGAGGAUGAUGAGAAGACGAGGAAGAGGAAAGCAGAGGAGGAGCCGCUGUACAGUUCAGAGGAGCUUCUGGGGCUGGCUCCCAGAAGUUAUAACCACAGUCUGGAUGUUAAGAUGGUAGUCAGUCGACUGACAGACGGGAGCCGCUUCCAGGAGUUUAAAGCUCGCUAUGGAACCACACUCAUCACCGGCUUUGCAAAGAUACAUGGCCACCUGGUGGGAAUAGUAGCCAACAACGGAGAGCUGUCGUACCAAGCUGCACUGAAAGGAAGUCAUUUUGUCCAGUUGUGUGACCAGAGAAAUAUUCCCCUCAUCUUCCUCCAGAACACAGCACCCACGGGAGUUCUAACACUCUCCACAGCACAGGCAGCGAUGAACAGUAACCGUCUGAAGGCUCAUGGUUCAAUGAUGUCAGCAGUAGCGUGUGCCUCAGUCCCCAAAAUCACUGUGGUGGUUGGUGGUUGCCAUGGUGCUGACAGCUACACCAUGUGUGGGCGGGCAUUUGACCCUAAUUUCCUGUUCCUGUGGCCCAACGCUAGAGUGUCAACGACAGCUCCGGGUCAUGCCGGCUCUCUGCUUCCCCCUGACAGUGAGCAGGAUGAGGAAGAGAGGAAGAAGGAGGAGGUCAAGUUAAAUAAGAGAUUGGAGGAGGAGAGCUCCGCUUUCUUCUCCACCGGCCGGCUCUGGGACGAUGGAGUCAUUCUGCCUCAGGACACCAGGAAGAUUCUCAGAGACUGCCUGGACAUCAUCAAACAGCAGCAGUAUGAGCUCUCCACAGAGAAACAGCACUCAGCACUUCUACGUAUAUAGAGGCUGCGUUCUUUCUUUUCCUUACUUCCUCUGGACGCUACAAAAAUCCAUGUAUGUAUUGAGCUGCUGGUGCUAUAGGCACCAAGAGGAUUCACACCAAACUCUUGAGGGUGCUAAUGAGCAAUAUCCUAAAAGUAAAUAAAAGAGAGUCUGAACACCUUGAAUAACAAAAAUUUAGUACAACUCAUUGCUAGUCCUCUAAUCUCAUAUUUGGUAAAGUGACUGAUGAAUUAAACUUUGGAGGUUUUAACGUUCUCCAUUUAUUAUAUAUUUUCUUUCAGUUUGGACCCACACUAAAACAUCUAUGCUCUUGGUUUGGGAGAAGUUGAUUUAAAAAAUGGAAAUUUACUGUGGCUGUUCUAUAUGUACGCAGUGAUAAUUUAAUCUUCAGUAUUUGUACAUAGCACUUCAAUUUACAUACAACAACCUCAGUCGUCAGUGCCUUUUUUUUACCUCAAGAAACAGAUUCUCAAGAGGUACUGACUUUAUACAGACACAGUUGUUACUCUUGAUGCAUUGUGAAAAGGUUUUACAACAAGUAUUAUCACGUGUGCUGUAUAUGCAGGAAUAAUCAUUCAUUCAUUCAUAAUUUUGGUUUAUUGAAAAUACUCUACUGGAGAGCGAGUUCUCAUUAAUCCUGUGAAGUGCCUCAGCAGGUUUUUUCAUCUUCGGUCAUUCUCACUUUCACAUCAUUUCUCAGGUACGUGAAAGUACGCUACAUGAGAGAUUCACAUAAUAUAUUGCCAUUAGAUUUCUUCUUCUUUUGGCCAGUUCUAAGUGCUGUAAAUGUAAUGUGUGUCAUACGAACAGCAGCCCAGUGGUCUGUUUGAGCCUUAACCUAGUUCAAUAGAGAUCCUUCUGAUGUUUUUUUUUUUUUUUUUAAAGGCUGUUCAUGUGACAAAUAAUUCCAAGAACUGUCCAAAAGCCAAUCAUAGAACUUUAAACAUGUUGCACUGAUUUUCUGUGCAACUAUUUAUUGUCAUUUUUCUGUCAAAAAUACUACGUUGUAAGAAAUCAUGCUGUGUAAUUACAAAUGUAAAUGCAUCGUUGUGAUGUAGUUUUUUUUUAAAUUGUAUAGAAGAAUAUAUUUAAAAAGUGUAAAUAAAUUUUCAAAUUGCAAAACUAACUUUUUCACUUUGGCUGCUAGUUUUUUCAUGCAUUGGUCAAAUUUGAGAUUUUGGGCUAUUUUGCUUCCAUAACACGUCUUCUGUCAGACUAGUGGUAGGAAAACAUCCCAAAUACACAUUUAGGUGUUUAUUUUAGUUCAGAUUUCUGUUCUGGAAAUUUACACAGAAAGAACAUAUUUAAACACAUUUUCAUAAAACAAAAAAUUAUAAAGAAAUAAUUAUCUUAAGUAAUCAACUGAAGAAGUUUAAUGGUGAUAUCUGUGACUAAAAAUGUUUACCCUAGUGUCCUAUUUUUUGUCAAACAAUGAAUGGAAUUUUACAAUUCAUAUCUUUAAAGGCCAUUCUCAAAAAAAAUCAAUCUGAGCCAACAAUUCAUAGUCUUAUUCCCAAAAACAUGUUGAAUUUUUUAUUUUAUGUUUUUUUUUGUUAUGUAUGGCUGUUAACAGUAUUUUUGUAUUUGUGGAAUGAUGAAAUAAGACCUCCACGAUUUCCUCUGUAAAAACCUUUGACUCUAGUAUGACAACAAAGUGAAACAACAUUUUGAACCUGGCUUUAUACAGUGUUUAGAUUUUUGUUUUGGAAAUGUCCACAAAUCAGCACAUAUUUAAUUAGGUAAUGCAUCCUUUGCAUAUUUAAACAUAACAUAAUAGAAAACUUGUAAUAUAAAAAUAAUUGCUGUUAAUUAAAUAAUCCACUGGGGAAGUUUCAUGGUGAUAUCUACUAGUUUAAAAUUUUACCCCAUUCACCAACUUAAAUCUUUAGAUCCCUGAAAUAAUCCAAAAUUUAUAUUUAGGCAGAAAAAAAAUUGAAAUGAACUGAAACUAUGACACUUUAAC